GCGGCCGGGCUGCUGGCCGCGGGUUCGGCCAGCGAGUACGACUACGUGAGCUUCCAGUCGGACAUCGGCUCGUACCAGAACGGGCGCUUCUACACCAAGGCGCCGCAGUGCGUGGACAUCCCGGCGGACUUGCGGCUGUGCCACAACGUGGGCUACAAGAAGAUGGUGCUGCCCAACCUGCUGGAGCACGAGACCAUGGCCGAGGUGAAACAGCAGGCCAGCAGCUGGGUGCCCCUGCUCAACAAGAACUGCCACAUCGGCACCCAAGUCUUCCUCUGCUCGCUCUUCGCGCCCGUCUGCCUGGACCGGCCCAUCUUCCCGUGCCGCUGGCUCUGCGAGGCCGUGCGGGACUCCUGCGAGCCGGUCAUGCAGUUCUUCGGCUUCUACUGGCCCGAGAUGCUCAAGUGUGACAAGUUCCCCGAGGGGGACGUCUGCAUCGCCAUGACCCCACCCAAUGCCACCGAAGCCUCCAAACCUCAAGGCACAACUGUGUGUCCUCCAUGUGACAACGAGUUGAAAUCCGAAGCGAUAAUUGAGCAUCUCUGUGCGAGCGAGUUUGCACUGAGGAUGAAAAUAAAAGAAGUAAAGAAAGAAAAUGGUGACAAAAAAAUCAUCCCCAAGAAGAAGAAGCCCCUGAAGUUGGGGCCCAUCAAGAAGAAGGAGCUGAAGAAGCUUGUCCUGUACCUGAAGAACGGGGCCGACUGCCCCUGCCACCAGCUGGACAACCUGAGCCACCACUUCCUCAUCAUGGGCCGCAAGGUGAAGAGCCAGUACCUGCUGACGGCCAUCCACAAGUGGGACAAGAAAAACAAGGAAUUCAAAAACUUCAUGAAGAAAAUGAAAAACCACGAGUGUCCCACUUUCCAGUCGGUCUUUAAGUGAAGCUCACGGGCAGGGCGGGUUGGGGCGGGAGCCCUGGGUUGGGGUGAGGGAUGGGGCUGAGCAGACAACGCUGAAACUCACUGCUUCUGUGGGCAGAGAACGUUGUAAUCCCGUUGGCUUUCCUCUUGCAGCAUCCCUCCUCUUCCCUCCACACCCCCCUCCAGCCCCAGUAUAGCCAGUAUUUAAAGCCGCACGCCCAGGUAGGGAAACCCUGUUAGAUUAGGAAGUCUUGUCUGAUCUCCAGUCUGGAGCUGCAUGUCACUGAGUAUGAGGAGGUGCAAAACCAUUCAACUAGAGACACAGUGCACCAGAGACACACUCACUAAAACAUGAAAAUUUUCCACACCACAAAAGAGAUUAGGCAAAACUUAAGAGACAGCAGCAAGCACUAAGCCCCAUGACUUUCUUUGUGUCAUUACAAAUCACUUGUGAGUCAAUCAGCUAAUCGAUUCCUGUGGAACUAGGAAAUUCUAACUAUUGGGAAGACAUGUCGCUUUCGGUUCCAGGGGAAUUUCCCUUGCUGUCUGCUUUAGGCAGACACGGACACCCACCACACGUACAACUUCAGAUCAGUUCCAGGGAGCAGGAGGUGCAGGGAAGAGAAGCACAGCACAGUAUGUAACAGUGAAAACAAAGGGAGGCCAUGCCCGCCCUGCUUCCCCAAGGAUUGCCUUUCUCUGUGAAUCAACCAGUCUCAGAUGCCAUGCGAGUGACAGCUGACAUCCGCCUCAGUCAGGAUCGAACCCCCACUCAUGGGGAGGGCAGCACCUGCCGGCCUUUGUGUGAGGAAGGGAAACACCGUGGCACCAGGCCCAUGGCUGAGAGAGAUGAUGAUUUUCAGACCCCAGAGGCCUUGGUUAGUGGUUUUUAAAAAGCAUACUUAAGAAAAGAAAAAUUUAGAACAGUCCAGCAAAUUGUUAGUCCCGGUGACUGUAAUUGGGUGAAGAGAUUAGUAUUCUAAUGUCAUCUAUUUGUUCAUUUCACAUUUUCUUAAAGAAGAACAACUAAAAAAAACCCCACUUUUCAAGGAUUUUUUUUUUUUUAAAGUCUACACUGAGCAUUUGAAAGGUAUGCCAAGACCAGGGUCUCUUGUGCACCCGAGGCUACUUUCCGGCGGAGCGGUGCUAUCGCUCGGCAUUUUGGGUGGGAGGUGGAUGUAGCUGAUGCAUAGCCGUGGGUCCUCCCUCCUGAGGAGUCCUGGAUUGCUCUGGCCCCAACACAACGCAAUUCAAAACUCUCAGUGCUUCCCAUUCCUUUCUUGCCUGUGAAGAAAUGGAUUCCUUUCAACAGGUCAGAGACAUUCAGAACAGCCAGGCUGCCUGUGCUCCUGCAUUAACAAAUUUUUAUUUUUAUUUCUGCAGAGGGAAAGUUAGGCCACACGUGUCUCCCCACUCAAGGAGAGAGUUUCAAAGGCAACAUACCUCUGCGGUGUUUUCUGACUCCCCUAGGUAUUUCUCAGAGCCUUCUGUUUAAUAAGUGAUGUACAUAAACCUGUUCACUUAAGCAACUUCAUUCCCCUUGUUCAGUGUAUAGGAAGCAAUUCUAAACAAUCAAUGCUAAUGUCUUCCCCAAGCCCAAUUCCUAAUUCUCUGUAACACCUCGGGGACUUUAGCAAUUGUCCCCCUGGGCGAGUGGUGACACCCAACGUGGCUGCUGCACAGAGGCCGGCAAGUGUUGCCCUCGCCACACAGGAACAGUGGAACAUGCUCUUAACGUCCCAAGACUCCAGACUGAAAAAUCUGCCUGCCACCUUCGUUACCUACCUGAGGGUUGUCCUGAUGUAAUUAACCUCUCACAAUUAGGGAUCCCGUCAUUUUAAUACCUUUUUUGGUUGUCUCCAAACUUUAAUCAUCAAGUGUUGGGGGGGCAUCUUAAAUGAUUUGCUUGUAAUUGUGGAUAGUUUUAAAAAAUGUGUGUAUAUAUAUUAGUUAAUUAGAAAUAUUCUACUUUCCUAUUGUCAACUGAAAUUCAGAGCAAUUUCAUGAGUGCAUGGAUCUGGGUCUUAGAUUUGGUUGAUUAGCUCAAGAGUUCAUUGAACAUAUGUAUCUGACGUAUCUGCUCGUUUUGACAGAGCAUCAUGCAACAGGCCCCUCAUUCCAAGGCAGCGGCCUUGGGAGAGGGGUCUGUGUGGGGUAUUAGCAGUUACAGCAGAGAGAUUAUGGAAGAAUAAUAGGUGGCCGUGCUGUGCAACCCUCUAAAUGGGAAUUCUCAGGUAGAAGGUGACAUUUUUAGAAAAAGUUCAAAGUAAAUUGGAAAUAUGAAUUGCAGCUGGAUUUACCCCAAACACAGUGUCCUAGGACUUUGAGGUUUACUGUGGAUUUGAGACACCCAGCAGCUCUGUGUACAACACAGUGAUUUCCGGACGCAAAGGGAGGCUGUGGGCCCAAAUCUGCAUUGUUAUCCCAAACCUUUGAUUUGCUCAACAAAGGCCAUAACAAAACCAAUGUGCAGACUCAUUGGCUUGGUCAUCGGUUCCCAAAAGAGGAGGUGUGUGUGUGAUUUGGUAAUUAUUGCUAAUGCAAAGGUCCUGUUUUGUAAAGGUUUCAGAUAAUCAUUCUGGGUAGAAUCCUGUGAGGUCAUUGGCAGAACUCAGCUCAAUCUUUGAAAAAUAUUAGUAAUUAUCUUAGAGGAUAGGAAGGGAGGUGAGACUUCCAGGAACAUUUUGCUUUUAGAAUAUCGGGUAGGACACUUGGCUCUCAGUGCCCCUGAAUUAGCACCAAGGUGGAGUCCAAUUAGAGCUCCGGUUUUCAUUUGCAUCUGUAAAUUACAGAGGCACCUUUUCCCAAACCUAGAGGCCGCGUUUCUCCUCAGACUCCAGGUAACUAGUUGCCCUAUUGUAACUGUCCAGGUGUGGUGGGCUCAGACGAUCUGUUUAGAAGCACACCUUCGGUAACUCCCACGAAAUAACGUACUGGCCGUCCCGACCUGUCACCUGCAGAUACAUAGGACACACACAAAAUUUGUUUCCUCUAGUUCCUUCCUGUAGCACUCCUCUUUUAGAGUCUAAAUCUUUUACAAAAGCUUUGAAUACUGUGAAAAUGUUUUACAUUCCAUUUCAUUUGUGUUGUGUUUUUUUAAACUGCAUUUUUACCAGAUGUUUUGAUGUUAUCACUUAUGUUAAUAGUAAUUCCCGUAUGUGUUCAUUUUAUUUUCAUGCUUUUCCUGCCAUGUAUCAAUAUUCACUUGACUAAAAUCACUCAAUUAUCAGUGA